CUAUUUUGCUGUGUGUCUGCGUGACACCGAAUUAAAAUAGCAAUUAUCCGGUGAAAUUGUCAUGAUGAAGUAUUAUCAUUCGUUCUUGGUAAGUGGUAUUCCAAAAAGGAGAAUAUGAAGGCUGCAAGCCGCAUGCAACGCGAUCCAUAGGCUUUCAUUAUUACACCCAGUGGAAUGAAGCUUUAGUCUUAAUUUCAAACAUCACUGUUUCAUUAAGCAAUUGACUACUAUUUACGGUCAGCAAAUCCACUGUGCGUGGUAUGCGGCAACCCAUCUCCAGAGUUAAAGAUCACCGUAUGCUGUGUGUUGUGUACGCUAGACAUUCUCGUCAGCUUUUCCAUGGUUGUCUCAAUGAACAUUACCUGAGGUGCAUAUCUCCGCUCAAACACAUUUAUCAGCCUGAAAUGACAAAAGUAGAACUAGGUGAAGACAAAAAGUGUAGGUUUAUAUUUUAUCUUAAAACCGUGAGUUACAGUAUCGCACUAUUUGGUAUACAAACGUCCGUUUCGUGCUGUAGUAAAUGCCUCAGGUGGAGACUCCAAGCAUUAACUGGCGUAUACUUGCCAUCGCUUCCCUCACCACCUGCACACUUGCUGUCACAAGCAUAUUUGUGGUGUUUAAAAUCCGUCACUUACGAAUUUUGGAUUGCCGCAAAAUCAAGAACAAGCGCCGUUUCAGCUUAAAACUUCAUUCUGUUGACCAAAACAACAU